UUAUCUUUUAAUUGUGUAACGGUUUUUAGUUUUUACAUUGGCCAUAAUAAGUUAUUAGUAUAAUUUACUGGCUGUUUUUAGUGUACUACUACAGUUGAUGAAUUGUAUUAUCUACUUUUAAGUUCUUAAGACGAGAUUAUUGCAAUUCACAUCGAUUAUUGUUGGACUAAAAUUUCGCAAACAUGUCGAACGGUUUUAUUGAUAUUCCUGAUCCACGAUCGCCGACUGCAGAUUUUUCCAGAACUCCAUUACGGGUAAGAUCAGUAUUUGAUAAAGAACUUAAUAUCAUAUCGCCCGUCACGGUCGACUCAUUUAUCGAAAUGCCACCAAGUGAUCCAGUAACGUCUACGCCAACUCAACAGAACGACUUGGCCGACACUGACGAUUCUUUUCACUCUGCGGUCGGGGAAAGUGACACGGACCCUUUGCUAAAUGGCCUUAUCACCCCAGACGUUAAAGACAAGACUAAAUCACUAAGAAAAGCAUUAGGGUGCAUCCAAAAUCGGCUGUCUGAAACACCCAAGUCCGACUUGCGACGUAAGCUGUGGCGCAACAUGGAAGAGGAACGAGUAAAAAAAGGUGUGAAUAUUGGAGCUGAAAACACACCACCUUUACCGUUUAAUGAUAUCACUGCAUCAGCACCUCCUAAAUUAUACCGGCACAGGAAAUAUACAUAAGUUUUAAACGAUCAGUCAUACAUGAUUAUAAUUUUAUGCUGUAUUUAAUUAUUGCUUUUUUUUUUUUUUAAUUAUUAAUUGGGUAAUCCUGUUUUAUUUGAGUUUAUUUUUUUGCACAUUGCACACAGCGAUUUACUUUUACUGGAUUGUCUUUUUUUAAAUUUUAAUUGUCAUUUAAUAAUAUACCAUACCUAUAUUGUGACCAAGUAGUAUAAAGCAGCAAUAUUACCUAUUUUAUGUAUUUUAUGGUAAUGCCAAUUUAAUAGUAAUAAUACACGAGAAUUUUGAAAUAACUCAAUUACUCCUAUAGGAUAACCUAAGGAUAAAUUUUAAUUUUGAGUUCAGUAAAUUAGACCUUCCAUUUUAUUUGUUGAUGUGAUAUAUUUAUAAAAUAACUGUUGGUAUGGAAAAAUAUACAAUUUGUAUUCCAA